AAGUCAAUCAAACGCCACCCCACACAUUUCUGUCACCUCCAACUCCGCUGUCUAUUGAAACCAACGAGCUCUAGGUACCCCCCAUCCAUCGCCACCCGAAUUCGACAGUCCCACGGGAGGUCGACCACGGAGCGUGCUUUUUGCACGAAUCAACUGCUUGGUCGAAGGAUAGGCGCAGCUUUCAUCUCAACCUGGCGCAAUCACACACGACACCGCAAAACACACGGCACCGCAAAACACACGACACCGCAAAACGAACAGCCCACUACUUCCAUUUUCGACGUUGUCACAAAUCCACAUUACCAUGUUCAAACGAGUCCGAUCGCUCCUCUCCCACUCCCGGGUCCCUCUCGGUGUCGGCGCCGUCGAUAAUGCGAACGUCUACCGAGUGCGAUUUCUCAAACCUCCACGGCCGCGCGGUGGCGGCGGUCGCCUUCUCCACAUCUUCGGCGGUCUAGCUGUUACAAUCAUUUUGGGUCUCCGGGUAGUGCAAGUGAUGUCAGCGAGCGGACAGCCAGUCUUCAUACCACUCAGCUUCCCCAAGCAGGAAGAGCAACAAAAAUACAAACGAAGUGACCCUGAAGUCAAAGCGUUCAUGCGGUUUGGAAGCGACAGAGCACGGACACGACGGGUGCGACGGGCCUUCGAGGAGAAAACCAUCGAGAUCCUACGGAAGUCCUUCCCCGACCAGUUCUUGGGCCAGGUCAAACCGACUCACUCGUUACUCUACUUCCACUACCCGCCUGGCCCCCCACGCGGCUACCUUCAGAAGGGUUUACAGCUCAGCUAUAAACCCCCGGAUCUCACCGCAACCGAUCCCGAGGACAAAUACUCGGUUCUGACAGUGGAAUAUGUUGAGCGCCGACUGAAGCAGGAACAGUACCUGCAGAGAGAGGCGAUCCUGUUUCCUCGGUGGAUGUUCAACGCGGUGAACAAUUCAAUUCGGACUAUCUGGGCGGACAUCACAUUACCGCGAGAUUCCAACGAGGACGACAAGAUUGAAGACAUCAAUGAUCUUGUGCAGUACGGUGUUGAUCUGUCGCAAUGGACACUGCAGAGCUUCAAGGAUGAUCUGAAGAAGACCAAGAGACGUAUGCCACCGCCUAACGGACAUAUUAUAAUCGAUGGAAUGGUCCAAGUCACCACCGACAACAUCCUCAUCACCGUCGAUAUUACCGGCAGCUUCAACCCACAGAAACCUGAUGAGGCGACUAUGCAUCGGAUUGCCGUACGAUUCGCGUCUAAGAUCAAGCAACCGCCACAGAAAUUUCGAAUGGUUGACGCUCCGAAACCCAUGGAUCUGAGCAAGGCAGUGGUUUCUGGCCUGAAGAAAGAUAUCGAAAUGGCUAAGGCGGCGGCAAAGAAGGGCGAGCCCGAACUCGAAACUUCGAAGGCGUUGGUGGAGAAGUGUGUUGAUGCAGAGAAACGGGAUGCCGAGAGUGUCGACGAUCAAGACAUUGUCAAGCGGUUAGUGCCGACGAAUGUCCGGGUUGAGAAAUUGGAUACAAAAAAGAGUGAGGAAGAUCAGCACAAGCCACGACAAGACGCGCCUCCGGCAACUCCUUCGGAGCCACAACAGUCACCCCCGCCCCGCGAGUAACCGUCACUCCGUCAUGGCCAUGCUGCUCAACCAUAAUUCUCUUGAUCUCUUCAUGUUUUCCUUUUCUUAGAGCAUUGGGGAUAAAGUGCAAUGAUUUCGGUUUUCUUUUUGGCGUUGGCAUUUGUUGGGUUUGUUCGAAGGCGUUUUGUUCAAUGGCAGGAUGGAUGCGAUCAGCAACUAGGGGGAGAGUUGAUGCAAAGUUAAUGCAUCACCUAUUUCCUGUGUAAGGAAGCUUCGGUGACGAUGUAGUGCGCUUGCAACGUGCUUGUAUAUUAUUAGACAAAAUACCAGUUGAUUGGUGAGGAU